AUGGAGUUUGACAUAUCUAAUGCUUUCCUUCAUGGAGUUCUUGAAGAAGAGGUGCAUAUGUUGCAGCCUCUUGGCUUUUUCAUCCUACUCAAUCCACUCAUGUCUGCAAACUUCACAAGGCCUUAUAUGGGCUCAAACAAGCACCUAGAGCCUGGAAAUAAUGAUGCUCAUAUUACCUCUCUUAUUGCUCAUAUGCAUGAGGUUUUUUCUAUGAAAGAAUUGGGUCCUGUGUCCUAUUUCUUGGGCAUUUCAGUUCAAGCUAUUGCUACUGGUUAUACACUGCUGCUUUGUGUCAUUAAUCCUGGUUAUUGCCUUGGUUCUGGCCCUGGCGAGCAGCAGCAGCAGUAUUGGGUUUGGUUGGAGAGCUCCUGA